GUCAAAGUGGGAAGGUUGGAUCCACAUGCUCCUCCUGGCAAAGUGCUCACCAUCCAUGAAGAGAAACUUAAAUGGCAUAGGGACUUGUCUCAGGUGCCUCCAUUCUCCUUAUGCAAUGAGCAAUGCUAUCCUGGGUACAGCAGGAAAAAGAAAGAGGGGAAGAAAUUUUGUUGCUAUUUCUGUUCUCCUUGUCCAGAAGAUAUGAUCUCAAACCAGGAAGAUAUGGAUUACUGUAUCAGAUGCCCAGAAGAUCACUUUCCAAAUAAUCGAAGAGAUCACUGCAUUCCCAAGAUUCAAAGUUUCCUGUCUUUUGAAGAUCCCUUGGGCAUUACCUUAGCUUCCUUAUCUCUUCUCUUUUCCGUGAUCACUGCUCUGGUGCUUCGCAUCUUCAUUAAGCAACGGGACACUCCCAUCGUCAAAGCUAACAAUCGAAGCCUCACCUAUGUUCUCCUCACUUCUCUUCUCCUUUGCUUCCUCUGUUCUUUGCUAUUCAUUGGACAGCCCAACAAGUUUACCUGCUUCCUCCAACAAACAGCUUUUGGCAUCAUCUUCUCUGUUGCUGUUUCUUCAGUUCUGGCAAAGACUAUUACAGUGGUUGUGGCUUUCAUAGCCUCUAAGCCAGGAAACAUUUUUCAUAAAUGGGUGGGGAAAAGAUUGGCAUAUUCUAUUGUCAUGUUCUGCUCCCUUGUUCAAUUUAUUAUUUGUUCUGUUUGGCUGAGCUUUUCUCCUCCAUUCCCAGGUUUGGAUAUGCAUUCACUGUCUGGAGAAAUCAUAGUCGAAUGUAAUGAAGGCUCAGUAACCAUGUUGUAUUGUGUGUUGGGCUAUAUGGGGCUUCUGGCCAUUAUCAGCUUCACUGUGGCCUUCCUAGCCAGAAAGUUACCGGACAGUUUCAACGAAGCCAAGUUCAUCACCUUCAGCAUGUUGGUUUUCUGUAGUGUUUGGCUGUCCUUUGUUCCAACUUAUUUGAGUACCAAGGGCAAAUACAUGGUGGCUGUGGAAAUCUUCUCCAUCUUGUCAUCCAGUGCAGGGUUACUGGGUUGUAUAUUUUCCCCAAAAUGCUACAUUAUUGUGUUCAGGCCUGAUUUGAACAAAAGGGAACAGCUCAUAAGGAAAAAACUCAGCUCUAUCUCUCAU